CCGAGAUGGUUGUCUGUUGCGUGCGGAGGAGAGAGAAAGAGAAUAAUGGGGGAAGCAAAGGCGAAGGGAAAGGAAGAAGGGGAUGUGUUAGCAUCAGUUCACUCCACUGUCUUCAAAGAAUCAGAGAAUCUCGAAGGAAAGUGUGUUAAGAUCGAGGGCUAUGACUUCAACAAUGGCGUCCAUUAUCAACAGCUUCUGAGCUCCAUGCUCACAACUGGUUUUCAAGCUUCCAACCUUGGUGAUGCCAUCCAAGUCGUUAAUCAAAUGCUAGAUUGGAGGCUUGCUCAUGAACCCAUAGCUGAGGAUUGCAGUGAGCUUGAGAGAGAUUUGGAUUACAGAAAAUCUGUGACGUGUAAAGUGUUUCUGGGUUUCACUUCUAAUCUCAUCUCGUCUGGUGUUAGAGAUACUGUUCGGUAUCUUGUUCAGCAUCGCAUGGUUGAUGUAAUUGUUACUACUACAGGUGGCAUUGAGGAAGAUCUUAUAAAGUGUCUUGCACCAACGUAUAAAGGAGAUUUCUCUCUGCCUGGUGCCUAUCUGCGCUCAAAAGGGUUGAAUCGAAUUGGUAAUUUGUUGGUCCCUAAUGACAACUAUUGCAAAUUUGAGGACUGGAUUAUUCCUAUUUUAGAUCAGAUGUUGAGGGAACAAAAUAAUGAGAAUAUUAUGUGGACACCAUCUAAGUUAGUAGCUCGAUUGGGAAAAGAAAUAAACAAUGAAAGCUCUUACCUUUAUUGGGCAUACAAGAACAACAUUCCAGUUUUCUGCCCAGGCUUAACCGAUGGUUCAUUGGGGGACAUGCUGUAUUUCCAUUCUUACCGCAGCCCUGGUCUAAUUGUGGACAUAGUGCAAGAUAUAAGAGCCAUGAAUGGUGAAGCUGUGCAUGCAAGUCCCAGGAAGACAGGCAUGAUCAUUUUAGGGGGUGGCCUUCCAAAACAUCACAUUUGCAAUGCCAAUAUGAUGCGCAACGGUGCAGACUUUGCUGUUCUUAUUAAUACUGCUCAAGAAUUUGACGGGAGUGAUUCUGGAGCUCGUCCAGAUGAGGCUGUUUCAUGGGGAAAAAUACGAGGAUCUGCUAAGACUGUUAAGGUACAUUGUGAUGCAACGAUAGCAUUUCCUCUUCUGGUUGCUGAAACGUUUGCUUCAAGAGCAAAACCUCUCCAUUGAUGAAGGCUAAAGACAAAUUUACUAUCAAAUUCAUUUUAAUUGUAUUGUGUUUGAGCAUCUUGAUAGACCAGUUUGCUGUUGGGAUUGAAUUUGACUAUCAUUUGAUUCCUAACAUCCACUUAGCAGAGAAGACCAUUUAGGCAUUUGUUUACCAUCCAAAAGUAAUCCAUUGAUUCUGUCAGCAAAUAUAGAUUUACUGAUCAUUUUUUCUUUGAAACUGCGGUUGAUUGUAAUAUCAAAUAAUAUUUUGCAACUGAUGGCUGCAUUUCGUGUUGGUAAAAAGUUAUGAUAUU